AUGUCGGUGACCCCUGAUAUCCUGCAUCAAUUAUAUCAGGGUGUCUUUAAACACCUCGUCUCUUGGUGUCACGACCUUCUAGGGCCUACGGAACUAGACCACCGUCUCCGCUCCCUCCCUCCCGCAUUCGGCGUCCGCCACUUCAAGCACGGGAUCUCCUCGCUGGCGCAGGUAUCCGGGAAAGAACGAAAAGAAAUGGCGAAGGUGCUCUUGGGGUGCCUGAUAGGGAAGAUUCCGAAACCCGUCAUGACCGUGUUUCGCUCACUAUUAGAUUUCAUAUACCUUGCACAGUAUCCUACCCAUGACGAUGACACCCUACGCUACCUCACUGACGCGCUCGACACAUUCCACAAGCAUAAAGAUGUCCUCAUUAAGCUCGGGAUCCGAGAUUCUCUCAAUAUACCGAAGAUCCACAGCCUCCUCCACUAUGCCGAAUCCAUCCGACUCUACGGCACAACGGACAAUUACAAUACUGAAGCAUUCGAGAGACUACACAUCGAUUUCGCAAAAGAUGCGUGGCGCGCAACGAACCAUCGCGAUGAAUUUCCGCAGAUGGUCAAGUGGAUCUCGCGGCGGAGAAGAUCACUAUGCAUUCAGGAGCGUCACCAUGCUCCGGCGUUCAAGACUGCGCUCCUUCGACUGAUCAACGACUUACAGCCGGAAGAGCUCAGACUCAGCCGACGCAACUUGGAGCAGACGUGGUUGCCAUUCGACCGUGUUGACGUCUACCACAGAUUCCGGUUCAAGCGUUACGAACUACUGGACGGCAAGGAGGAUUUCGACGAAGUGAAGGCAGUCCCUGGUGCCACGAGGCAGGGUCGGAAGAAUCGAUUCGACACAGUUGUCGCGUUGCAAAAUGAAGAGGCUGAAUCAACAGGCGUCAGAGGCGACCGGACGGGUCAAGGUAAUCUUCACCUUGCCCAGGAAACUAUCCGCCAUCCAUGGAGGUGGUCCUGCCCUUCGUGGUGGCCAAAAGGGCCACUCGCUUACGUCGAGUGGUAUGCCCCGUUCUCCAGUGCCGCCGACCCUGCGCAUCUUAUGUACACCGUGCGCAAAUCCGCUCCUCGCGCCGACGGCUUACCCCACGCCUCGAUCAUACCUCUCGAACACAUAACUCAAUCUUGCCAACUAGUGCCAUCAUUCCCGGAGGGCCCCAAUGGUGUGGUUCCCGACAAUUGGACGUCAGACAACGUAUUGGACCUCGCGCGUAGCUUUCAUCUGAAUAAUUGGGCAAGUAUGUACAGUUAUCAAACACUCUGGUAG